AGAGGGAGAGGGAGAGAGGGAGAGGGAGUUUUUGCAGAGAAACAGUACCCAGAGGAGAAGAGAGAGGGAGAGGGAGAGGGAGAGGGAGUUUUUGCAGAGAAACAGUGCCAAGAAACAGGGUGGAGAGAUGGCACUGGCCAAAGAAAUCAUGGGUUGCUCGGUGAUCGAAAGGUCUUCAUUCGUUUCCACCUCAAAGGUGGUUUUGAGACGCAAUCGUCAGGCAAAACAGAACCUUGGGGUCAACCCGGCUUUGAUCCACCAGGGAAGAGUGAGCCUGAGGAAGGGCUCGGGAGGUCCUGCUGCCGUGGCGGCCAUAAGUGAGGAUUUGGUGAAGGCCGUGCCCGAGAAUGUUGUCAAGUUCAAGGCGAGAGCUGUGGUGACCGUGAGGCAGAAGAACAAGGAGGACUUGAAGGAGACCAUUGCGAAGCACUUGGAUGCUUUCACCGAUAGGAUUGGCAGGAACGUGGUCUUGCAGCUUAUCAGCACUGAAAUAGAUCCAAAAACCAAGGCUCCCAAGAAAAGCAGGGAAGCAGUGCUAAAGGACUGGUCAAAGAAAACACAGGUGAAAGCUGAGAGGGUUCAUUACUCAGCCGAAUUCACAGUGGACUCAGACUUUGGCAUUCCCGGGGCCAUCACAGUGACAAAUAAGCACCAGAAUGAGUUCUUCUUGGAGAGCAUGACAAUUGAAGGGUUUGCCUGUGGUCCAGUCCAUUUCCCCUGCAACUCAUGGGUGCAAUCUAAGAAAGAUCAUCCUGGCAAGAGGAUAUUCUUUUCCAAUAAGCCUUAUUUGCCAUCUGAGACGCCUGCUGGGCUAAAAGCGAUGAGAGAAGAAGAGUUGAGAUACUUGAGGGGUGAUGGGAAGGGAGAAAGGAAAUUAUCUGACAGGAUAUAUGACUACGAUGUGUAUAAUGACUUGGGUAACCCGGAUAAAGGAAUUGAUUUUGCUCGGCCAUCCCUUGGAGGCUCAAAAAUCCCUUAUCCAAGACGCUGCCGUACUGGCCGUGCUCCUACUUACACAGAUAUGCAUGCCGAGAGCAGGGUUGAGAAGCCGUUGCCCUUGUAUGUCCCGAGAGAUGAGCAGUUUGAGGAAUCGAAACAAAACUCAUUUUCUGCUGGGAGGCUCAAAGCUGUGCUUCAUAACUUAAUACCAUCCUUGAAGGCCAGCCUCUCAGCAAAAAAUCUAGACUUCAAUGGGUUUUCUGACAUUGACAACCUCUACAAAGAAGGCCUUCUUCUGAAGGUUGGUUUGCAAGAUGAACUCUUGAAGAAACUUCCGUUGCCGAAGAUGGUCCAAGAAUCCAGUCAAGGGUUUCUUAAAUAUGACACUCCAAAGAUAUUGUCAAAGGACAAAUUUGCGUGGCUACGAGAUGACGAAUUCGCCCGUCAAGCGUUAGCAGGGGUUAACCCUGUGAACAUCGAGAAGCUCAAAGUUUUUCCUCCAAAAAGCAACCUUGACCCUGAAGUCUAUGGUCCUCUAGAGUCUGCCCUCAAAGAAGAACACAUUUUGGACCAUCUCAAUGGCAUGUCUGUUCAACAGGCCAUAGAUGAAAGUAAACUGUUCAUGGUGGACCAUCACGAUGCAUACCUUCCAUUUCUGGACCGUAUCAACGCCCUUGAUGGCCGCAAAGCAUAUGCGACUCGCACCAUCUAUUUCUUGACCCCUCGGGGAACACUUAAACCGAUUGCCAUAGAACUUAGCUUGCCAACUCAAGGGCCUAGUUCUCGGUCGAAGCGCGUGAUAACACCUCCAGUCGAUGCUACUUCUAAUUGGAUGUGGCAGCUUGCUAAAGCCCAUGUCAACUCCAAUGAUGCUGGGGUUCACCAACUCGUAAAUCAUUGGUUACGCACCCAUGCGUGCAUGGAACCAUUCAUACUGGCUGCGCACCGGCAAAUGAGCGCGAUGCACCCAAUAUUCAAGCUGUUGGAUCCACACAUGCGAUAUACACUGGAGAUCAAUGCCUUGGCACGUCAGAACCUGAUCAAUGCUGAUGGUGUCAUUGAGUCUUGCUUCACUCCUGGCCGCUACUGCAUGGAAAUCAGUGCAGCUGCAUAUAAAAGCUUCUGGCGCUUCGACAAGGAGGACCUCCCUUCUGAUCUUAUUCGAAGGGGUGUGGCUGUGGCUGAUUCCACUCAACCACAUGGCUUGAAACUCCUGAUUGAAGACUACCCAUAUGCAUCAGAUGGGCUUCUGAUCUGGUCUGCACUCGAGAACUGGGUGCACUCGUACGUAAACUACUACUACCCUACUGCUGCCGUGGUUUGUAAUGACCGAGAGCUGCAAGCUUGGUAUGCUGAGUCCGUUAAUGUGGGCCAUGCUGAUAUCCGCCACGCAGACUGGUGGCCCAAACUGGCAAGCCCAGAAGAUCUUGCCUCGAUCCUCACCAAAAUCAUCUGGCUUUCCUCGGCCCAACACGCGGCCCUCAAUUUCGGGCAGUACCCCUAUGGUGGAUUUGUGCCAAACCGCCCACCCCUGAUGAGGAGGUUGAUUCCCUUCGAAGGUGACCCCGAAUAUACAAAUUUCGUAGCUGACCCGCAGAAGUUUUACCUCUCUGCAUUGCCUAGUCUGCUCCAAGCCACGAAAUUUAUGGCCGUGGUGGACACGCUAUCGACUCACUCGCCCGAUGAGGAGUACAUAGGGGAGCGACAACAACCGUCUGUUUGGACAGGCGAUGCUGAGAUUGUUGAGGCAUUCUAUGAGUUCUCAGCGGAGAUCAGGCAGAUAGAGAAGGAGAUCGAGAGAAGGAAUAAUGAUCCUAGCCUUAGGAAUCGGUGCGGGGCGGGUGUGUUACCCUACGAGCUGCUCGCACCCAGCUCAGAACCGGGUGUAACAUGUAGAGGUGUGCCGAACAGUGUAUCCAUAUGAUGGAUGCGGUUGUUAUAACUCAGUCUCAAUAAGAUAUACCUCGGAAAACCCUCGAGGUACAUCGGCAUAGAUUUUCUGCAGAGCAUAACAGUAUCGCCAUGUUUGUAUGUAGAUUGCUAAUUCUAAGUGCGUUAUCAUGCUUGUCGAACUUUAGAAUUGUAUAUGCAGUAGGAUUCAUGAGCAUUAGAGUUGUAUUAUAUGAUAUAGUACUUAUUUAUGUUACAAAAAUUCAGAGUUGA